UGCUGCCCGCGGGAGGGGAAGGCGGCUCUCGGCGGGUGGGAGGCGUCUGCAGCUGGAAAACAGCAGCUCCGGCCUGAUCCUGCACUGGAGGGAAAUAACUACGAGGAGAACCACUAAUCACACCUCCGUGUGGGAACUACCUCCGGUAGCAGCGUGUGCCGCCAGCCCUGCCUCCAACCUGCAGCGGUUGCUCCGGGACGGGCUCGCUCGCCCCUGCAGUUCACCUUUGCCUGCAGUUCACACGCGUGCAAUUUGGGUUUAAUGGAGCUCAGUUUAUUGUUCCUCUUUGGCCUCACAAUUACGUCGACUGCAGGGACCGCGCUGCCCCGGCCCCACUCGCUGCCGGUACCGGUGGGCGCGGAGGCGCGCCCCGCGGCGCUGGGGCAGAAGGAGAGGGAGCAGAGCCAAUCGGCGGCGCCGCCGGCCGGCGGCAGGGCCCGGGUGGACGGCGGGGGGCUGCGGACUCGAGCCCGGCGCUGCACUUGCUACACCUACAAGGACAAGGAGUGCGUCUACUACUGCCACCUCGACAUCAUCUGGAUCAACACCCCCGAGAGGACUGUGCCAUAUGGGCUGUCUAACUACAAAGGCAAUUUUAGAGGCAAAAGAUCUACAGGGCAGAUUCAAAAUACUUUCCAGUCUUCAAAUAGGUGUUCUUGUAUGAAUGCUCAUGAUGAACAGUGUAUGCAGUUUUGCAGAAGAAUGCAGGACAGAAGAAGAAAUCGUGGAUCAAUGAAAGAGACAGAGGAGAAAGACCAGUGCAGGGAAGAACACAAUUUGAUCCAGUAGCGCAGAGAGUUUGGAGUAUUCUGAACAGUCAGAGCUUUAAUGUUUAUUUGCUGAAGCUCAGAAGCAAGAACUUAAACUACAGCUCUCCCUUGAGAUGGACAAACGAUGCUUCAGUCUGAUGCCAGUGGAGAAUUCAGCAGAGUGCAACACUUUCAUUUCAACAAUGCCACUUUGAGGGCAUGUGAACAUAUAUGAAGAAGCUUUCUCCCAUGCUCCUCUCGCAAGAGUCUCAGUAAAGGGUAAUAUUUAUCACAUAACCUGUCAGGGAAUGUAUCACUAUUGAAGAACGCAAAGGCAGAUCUGAACUUCAUCACUACAAAGCUUCAGAAACAUUUUUCUAUGCAAUUUAAAGAAGAACAACAGAAACUUAACUGUGCCACUUACUGCUCACUCUGUGUCUGAAGAAUCCAUCCCCAGCUUCAUGCAGGCAACUGUAAUUGGAGAAUGUGAUGAGUUAGAGAUUGCCUAUACAUGAGUUCUCAUUAAGAAUAAACUGAUACAAAAUCUUGCUCUUGUUAAUCUAUGCAAGCCUGAAUCAUCAUAUUUUAACUUUGUGGCAGAUGUUUAAAUGACAACAUCUAUGCAGAAUAAAGAUGGAUGGCUAUUAUAAAUAUUAUAAACUAUAGCAAGUCAAAAGUAUACAUUGAGUAUUCAAUAGAUUACCUAACUUAGGCACAAAUUAUUCCUGCACUUCAAAGUUCCGUUCAAAAACUUCUACACUAAAUGCACUGUAGUUGAUGAACAGAACUCCAAUUAUUCAUCCCAAAGAAUUUCCUGUAGAUGAAAGGGCAGGACUGUGGAACUUCAAAUGAAACGUCAUACAAUCAGACUAACUCACUGUGCUAGACCAUGUGCUGUUCUAAGCCCCUACAUAAGUUAUCAUCCACAUUCCUCUUUGCUAGUACUAUAAAAAUUAUGUUUUUAUCUCUUCAUUGAAACAUCAUUGCUGAUUAACUCAGAAACUUGGCAAUAAGGAUUAUAUCCAGCCCUUAACGUUUGUGAAUGACUUCUUUAGAAAUUAUGGACUUUGAUAGGAGGAUGCAAGAGUAAGCUGGAAAAAAAAAAAAAACUUUUGCAAAUCCUGUUCUGUAUUAUUUAAAAACAAAAAGAGAGGAAAUCUCUUACUUGUGACAUUACAGAUGCUUUUGUUUGACUGACCUUCACACAGACUUUGCCCAAAGCACAAAGGUUAAAUAACCCUAUGACAUUAAACUAUAUUUUAACAUAAGAGCGAUGGAGACCAACAAAAUGAAAAUACAUUAACAGCAGAAGUGGUUGUAUGUAAGCUUAAAACAAUGGUAAUAGACUUUGUUUGAAACAAGAAAGGGAGGUCUUUGCCAAAAUAUAUAUAUUUUAUAUAUAUGUGGAUAUAUUUCAUAAAUUAUUAUAGUUAUAAAAUUAAAUAUAUCUUUCAGUUAUUGCAUUUGUAUCAGUUUCUUGGUAUACAGCUGAUUUUGUACAUUAAUGGAAAAUAGAUUAUUUAUUGUAUAGAAACACUUUGCAUACUAUUUUCCCAUAAUUUUUAAAAGACACUGUAUAGUUUUGGGGUUUUAAAAAAUAAUCAAGCUUUGUUAUGAAGAAUGCUUAUUAUGUUCCUUUAUAACCAUAAACUGGAUCCCCCCCAAUGCAUAUGCCAAGGUCAUACAAAAACUUGCUUUCUUCAGGAGAUUGAGAGUUCUCCUGAGAGUUUGAGAAUUGAGUAUGAAAAAACAAUAAAAAUACUUUGAUAAUAA